CUCGCCGCUCCUCGCCGCUCCUCGCCGCUCGCCGCUCCCAUCAGAUUGAGUGACCGAAGGCGUCUUUCUGAUCCCUAUGGGCAAGAGAAAUCGUCAGAAGCAUGGAUUUAAGAAACCCAAGACCCUUGAGAUAUCUGAAGAUGGUGGGAUUGUGAGAAAGAAGCAUAAGGUUGAAGAACACAUUUCACAAAGGAUAUCUCCUGAUCCUGCAGAACUCACUAAUGUGGAUAACGAUGAUGAAGCAAUUUAUAAAGAGCCUUCGGCUUACAAUAAUUUGUUAGUGACUUUGGGGUCUAGCGGCAAAUAUUUCUCUGAUGCUUAUAGAAGAAGACAGAGAGAAGAAGAAGGUAAAAGUGACAGUGAAGAAAGUGAUUAUGAUGAUUCUGAUUCUCUUAGUGGAUCUGGCCUGAAUGAUUCUGAAAGAGGAUCUGAUGAUGAGUCCCCUAAGAUUGAUGCUAGGGGAAGUAUAUUAGAAAAGUUUGGUGUAGUUGGUGCUGGAGAGGAGGGUGAAGAUGCUGAAAUGGAGAAUGAUCAAGGUACAUCUGAGUCUGAGCAAGAGCAUGAAUUAGAUGUCCAUUCUAAUGCUGCCGUUGAGGCAUCAGGCUGUGUGAGUUCAUAUGCUAUGCACUUGGGUCAUCAGAUAUCAAAAGGAGAGAUUGAUGAAUUGUCAGAAAAAAGAUGGAAAUAUAAAUGGGAGGUGUCUGCUGCUGAAAACUGCAAGUGGGUAGGAACUGGAGAGUGCUUUAUGAAGGAUGACAACCCAAAAUCUGGGUAUGGUUUGAAGCCAAGCUUGUAUAAACACUGGUUAAACAUCUAUGAAACGUCUGGAGGCAGUGAUUUUCAUACGUCAAAAGAAAGAUUGUUCUUCUCCCUCUGCAACAGCUAUCGAGAUAUACUGAACUGCAGCAAGAGGCCCUUUUAUCACAAGGGCCAUGGAGAAGACUCAAGUACCAUAGACGCAUACAUCAUGCAUUCUUUGAAUCACAUAUUCAGAACAAGAGAUCUUGUGACUCGAAAUGACACGAAGAUGGCCAAACACCAAGAAACGGCAAAGGAUGAAAUACUUUCUGGUGGUGAAUUCCUUGAUCAUGGCUUCACUCGUCCCAAGGUUUUGAUUCUUUUGCCACUUCGUAACAUUGCAUUUCGAGUUGUUAAGAGGCUAAUACAGCUGACACCUUCAAAUCACAAGGUUAAUGUAGAGUACUUGGGACGGUUCUCUGACGAUUUUGGUGCUGGAGAGGCUCAUGACAAUGAGGACAAUGAGGUGUUUCAGGAUGUCCAUGGCUCUGGUCAGAAGUCUUCGAAACCUACCGACUUUCAUGCACUGUUUGAUGGAAAUCCUGAUGAUCACUUUAUGGUUGGAAUUAAAUUUACUAGGAAAAGCAUAAAGCUGUACAGUGACUUUUACACAUCAGACAUGAUUGUAGCUUCUCCUCUCGGUUUGAUUACAAAAAUUGGGGAGGCUGAGAGAGAGAAGGAGAAAGAUGUUGACUACCUGUCAUCUAUAGAGAUCCUGAUCAUAGAUCAUGCGGAUGUCAUUGCCAUGCAGAAUUGGUCACAUGUAAAUACUGUGGUGGAGCAGUUGAACUGCUUACCCUCAAAGCAGCAUGGCAUGGAUGUUAUGCGCAUGAGGCAGUGGUACUUGGAUGGAUAUGCAAGGUUCUACCGUCAGUCAAUAGUACUUGGUUAUUUUUUGAAUCCAGAUAUGAAUUCUCUGUUCAAUCAACACUGCCUUAAUUAUGAGGGAAAGGUGAAGUUGAUCUGCGAGUACAAAGGAAUUCUGCCUAAAGUGUUAAUCCAAGCACGUCAAAUCUAUGAACGAUUCGAUGCUGACUCAAUAGCAGAAGCUGAUGAUGCACGGCUUGAAUAUUUUACUAAGAAAGUUUUCCCAAAAAUUAAAGAUUCAAUACAGGGUGGGAUCAUGCUUUUUAUCAGUUCCUACUUUGAGUUUGUUCGAAUUCGGAACUUUUUGAAGUCGCAAAAUGCUUCUUUCUGCCUACUGGGGGAGUACACAAAGCAGAGUGAUAUUUCUCGUUCACGAGUUUGGUUCUUCGAAGGUAAAAGGAAGAUCAUGCUGUACACCGAGAGAGCUCACUUUUACCACAGAUAUAAGAUCCGAGGCAUGCAAAAUUUAAUAAUCUAUUCUUUGCCUGAGAGGAAGGAGUUCUAUCCAGAGAUUGUAAAUAUGCUUGAGGGUUCUCAUGGCUUGACAUGCACAGUGCUUUUUUCUCGUUUUGAUCAGCUCCGGCUGGAGAGAAUUGUCGGUUCCACCGCUGCGAAGAGGAUGAUGACGUCAGAGAAGAGUGUAUUUGCUUUCUGUUAAUUGAUUAUGGUCGAUAGUAGAAGCUAGCGAGUGGAGGAUGCCAUUUAAGUAUAUUUAUCUAACCAAAAGAAAAUAUUAUAGGAUUCUAGGUUUCACAGAGGCAUAUAGAGCCAAUUUCAUGAGAUAGACGGGAGAGAACGAUAUGAAGAUCCUGAGAUGGAUCAGCAGUUUUGCCUAGGAUUUUCCAUUACUUUCUUGUAUGGAGCUACUUCAGAGGAGCCCUAACUUAUAUAGCAAACGAAGUGUCUUGUGCAUAAUGGCAAUUUUGACCCCGAGUUUUGGAAAAAUAUCAAAUGUGGUUUUUUGAGGUCCAGAUGUUCUGGAAUUUGUAUC